CAAGAGAAGGAAGAGAGAGAGAAAGAGAGAGAGAGAAAAGAUUCGAGAAUGGAGGAGAGGGCGGCAGUAGGAGGAGGUGGUGAGGUUGAAGCCGCUUACACCAAGGAUGGGAGUGUGGACCUCAAAGGGCGGCCCGUCCUCAGAUCCAAAACCGGUGGAUGGAAAGCCGCUUCCUUCAUCGUCGUGUAUGAGAUGGUUGAGAGACUGGCAUUCUAUGGCAUUGCCACAAAUCUCAUAGUCUACCUCACAACACAGCUUCAUCAAGGCACCGUUGCUGCUGCAAAUAAUGUCACCAAUUGGGUAGGCACCGUUUGGAUGACCCCGAUCUUGGGAGCUUAUAUCGCAGACGCCCACCUCGGUCGCUUUUGGACGUUCGUCAUCGCAUCCAUCAUCUACCUCUCAGGAAUGGUGUUAGUGACACUAUCUGUUUCAAUUCCCUCCCUCAAGCCACCCUCCUGCCAGAACCAAGACAGCGGCUGCCGAGCUGGUUCACUGCAGGUCGCUGUCUUCAUGGUCGGGCUCUACAUAGUUGCAGUGGGCACUGGAGGCACCAAGCCUAACAUCUCGACGAUGGGCGCGGACCAGUUCGACGACUUCGAGCCCAAAGAGCGGAAGCAGAAGCUGUCCUUCUUCAAUUGGUGGAUGUUCAGCAUAUUCUUUUCCACCAUCUUUGCCAACAGUUUCCUGGUUUACAUCCAAGACAACGUUGGCUGGGCCCUUGGCUAUGGGAUACCUACAAUUGGGCUCAUUCUUGCAAUUCUUGUGUUCUUUGUGGGCUCUCCACUUUACAGACACCAGAGGACAUCGGACAGCCCCUUUGCCAAGAUGGCCAAGGUUAUAGUGGCUGCCUUCAGGAAACGCAUGGUGCCUCUACCAACUGAUCUCCAUGAGCUGCAGGAAGAAGAGUACGCUAAAAGUGGCCAGUUUCAGGUUAAGUCUACUUCAAGCCUUCAGUUUCUUAACAAAGCAGCGGUGAGAGUUGGGCCAAGUACCGCCUGGACGCUCUGCACGGUGACUCAAGUGGAGGAAACGAAGCAGAUGAUAAAGAUGUUCACCAUCUUCCUCGCCAGCUUCAUCCCCAACACCAUCACGGCCCAAGGCCACACCCUCUUCAUCAAGCAAGGCACAACCCUGGACAGGAGCUUAGGCCCACACUUCAAGAUCCCUCCCGCAAGUCUCACCUCCUUCGUCAACAUCUCCAUGCUCAUCAGCCUAGCCAUUUACGAUAAAUGGUUCGUUCCUUUAGCAAGGAAAUACACCAACAACCCAAGAGGAAUCACCAUGUUGCAGAGGUUGGGAGCAGGACUGAUUUUGCACAUCAUUAUAAUGGUCAUCUCUGCUUUAGUUGAGAAAGAGAGGCUUAGCUUUGUCGGGCACCAUGGCCUUGAGCACAGCAAGGAUGCCAUUCCACUGACGAUCUUCAUCCUCCUUCCUCAGUUUGUUCUGGUUGGAGUGGCUGAUGCCUUGGUGGAGGUCGCUAAGCUUGAGUUUUUCUAUGACCAAGCGCCGGCGACCAUGAAAAGCUUAGGAACUUCUUAUUUUACUAGCUGCGUUGGACUUGGCAACUUCUUGAGCAGCUUUAUCCUCAAGACUGUGGCCAAAGUCACCAGUCAUGGUGGAAGAAAGGGCUGGAUUACAAAUAACGCUAAUAUGUCUCGCCUGGACUACUACUAUGGUCUGUUGGCAGCCAUUAGUGCUGUGAACUUCAUUUACUUUCUCUUUGCUUCAAGACUCUAUAAGUAUCGGGCUGAACCAAGUGAGCUUGAUGUGGAGUUGCAGAAGCCAUGUGAGCCGAGAACCAAUAAAACUUAGGCUGUGGAAGGGUCAGGUCACGGAGGUGUAGUGAAUGUUGGCAGAAACGCUGCUAGAUCUGUAAGAAUUAUAGGUCGUUUAUAUGAAGGAAUUAUGCUGGAAGUUGAUAUAUUUUA